GUUGUAUCAUGCCUUCAUGUAAACAUUGAGUGGUUUAGUAUAAAUUAAUUAUAUUCAAACAAAUCAAUGUGAUAAGUUCGUAUUUAUCUGGUAUUACGAACGUUUUUAAAAUAAUGACUUUGCUAAGUCUUCCAGUACUCGUGGUUGAAAAUAUAUUUUCGUAUUUAUCUUAUGAUGAAAUAGCUAAGAACAGACUGGUGUCGAAAACAUUUAACGAAAUAUGUAUGAGGCUGCUGAAUAGAGGUUUUUUGAUAAUCGAGAGGCGGCAUGCAUUAGCUCUUAAAAAUGUCAAGGCACAGCUACCACGACGAGAAUCGGAGCGAAGGUAUCACCCCUUGGCUCGACAUUGUGACAUCCUGGCGUCAAUAGAGACUCGCAUAUCGAUGCUCAACAUGACAUAUUCCAAGUUCAUAGACAAUGGUAUUUGUUGUUUUAUACCUGGGAAGGUAAUUGAUGAAAUUAUCCGAGUCCUUCACAUAGUUGAAUCAUCAAAAACUCCGCCCCGAGCACAUGAGGUGUUACAGGAACUCAGAGAUAUAUCCAGUAUGGCGAUAGAACAUUUCGAUGACAAAAUAUCUCCCGCAUUUAGGAGGAAAUUACAGGAAGGUGUUGUACAACCGGCCCCGAGACCGACGCAGGCUGUCCUAGCCCCAAUAGCGGUCCGUCAAGAAAUAACGCAACUACGUCGACGGUCAAUAUUAAACGCAAAACUAUCUCUGUACCUCGCCGCACAGUACAAGAAGUAUCACAAGCGGAUGUUAGAUUACAAACGCAUCGCGUGGCUGCAGCAGAGACAAAUUAGAGAUUUCCAGAAAAAACAGAAACAACAGGAAAACUGUAUAGCGGAUCUCAAGAAGCGUAUAGAAGAAUGCGAUAUAAAAUACAGCGAACUGACGCAUACGAACCAAGCCGCCGGGGGGAAAGUAAUUGCUGCCACAGCUACUGAAACUGCGCCAGGUGCCCAACCGCUCAGACAUUUUGGUAGUCAAAUAAAAUUGGAUUUGUCUGUUCUGCCCAUCGGUACGUCGAAGAAAAAUCAGUUAUUACCGAAUAUAAAACCAAGAAAUCCCUUGAUAAAGUUGCCAAGUCUAUUAGAAGACGGCGAACAAAAUGACCAGAACCCGGGACCCUCAACUUCAACACAAAGCCCCAAAGGAAAAGCUCUAUCUACAAUGGCCAAAAUACGCGGUAUUGCCAACGAAAUUAGAAAUUUGUCAAAUAUAACAAAAUCUCUCGAGGGGAGAUUGAAACGUCCAACAAGUAGCGAAGACGAAGAAGUAUCUUCGAAAAAGCUAAAAAAAGAUUAAAUUAGAUGAAUAAGCAUUUCUAUUUAAUCUGUAUUUUACUUUACAUAUAAACUUUUUCUGUGUCAAAAAACUAAGCAAAUUUAGACAAACGUUUUAAGAUCUUUGAA